CACGGCCCGGGCCAUUCUCACUUUCAUUUAGCAGUGCACUCCAUGGAGGGCCGCACUCUCCAGGGCUUCAUGCCGUCUCACUAGUGUAGGAAACCGGCUCAACUCUCCGCCGCCGAGAUGAAGUAUAAGAAUCUUAUGGCAAGGGCCUUAUACGACAAUGUCCCUGAGUGUGCUGAGGAGCUGGCCUUCCGCAAGGGAGACAUCCUGACUGUCAUAGAGCAGAACACAGGAGGACUGGAAGGAUGGUGGCUCUGCUCCUUACACGGUCGACAAGGCAUUGUCCCUGGCAAUCGGGUGAAGCUUCUGAUUGGCCCCAUUCAGGAGACCCCCUCCAGUCAAGACCAGCCUACUUCUGGACUAAUGCACCAGACCUUUGGCCAACAGAAGCCCUAUCAAGUGCCAAACCCACACGGUGCUCCUCGAGACACCAUCUACCAAGUGCCGCCUUCCUACCAACAUCAGGGAAUUUACCAGGUCCCCACUAGCCACGGUACCCAGGAACAGGAUGUGUAUCAAGUACCACCAUCAGUGCAGAGAAGCAUUGGGGGAGCCAACGGGCCCCACUUAAGCAAAAAGGUAAUAACCCCCGUGAGGACGGGCCAGGGCUACGUGUACGAGUACCCAGCCAGAUACCAAAAGGACAUCUACGACAUCCCUCCUUCCCACGCCACGCAAGGGGUGUACGAUAUCCCUCCAUCAUCAGUGAAAGGCCCCAUGUUUUCAGUUCCAAUCGGAGAGAUAAAACCUCAAGGCAUCUAUGACAUCCCUCCUACCAAAGGGGUAUAUGCCAUCCCACCCUCUGCUUGCCGAGAUGAGGCGGGGCUUAGGGAAAAAGAGUAUGAUUUCCCCCCUCCAGUGAGACAAGCUGCGAGGCCAGACGUCAGACCCGAGGGCGUCUACGACAUCCCCCCAACCAGCACCAAGCCGAUGGGGAAGGACCUUCACGUAAAAUACAGCUCUGAUGCUCCAGGAACCACGGAUCUGGCGACACGGAGACCCCAAAACAUCUUGCUGAACCACCCGCCCUCACAGCUGGGACAGUCCCUGGGUGCCCAGAACGAUGCCUACGACGUCCCCCGAGGGGUUCAAUUCCUGGAGCCGCCGGCAGAAACCAGUGAGAAAGCAAACCCCGAAGAGAGAGACGGUGUUUACGACGUCCCUCUGCACAAUGCCCCGGACACCAAAGGCUCUCAGGACGUGGUGGAUGGUAUCAACCGGUUGUCCUUCUCCAGCACGGGCAGCACCAGGAGCAACAUGUCCACAUCUUCCACCACCUCCAAGGAGUCCUCCUUGUCGACCUCCCCGUCUCCGGACAAAAGGCUCUUGCUGGAUCCCGACACGGCCAUCGAGCGGCUGCACCGGCUCCAGCAGAGCCUGGAGAUGGGCGUGUCCAGCCUCAUGGCGCUGGUGACCACGGACUGGCGGUGUUACGGAUACAUGGAGCGCCACGUCAACGAGAUCCGCGCCUCCGUGGACAGGGUGGAGGUGUCCGUGAGAGACUACCUCCACUUUGCCAAGGGAGCCGCCGCCAACGCGUCCUGCCUCUCUGAACUCCUCCUGCAGAACAAAAUGAAGCGGGAGCUCCAGAGAGUGGAAGACUCCCACCAGAUCCUGAGCCAGACCAGCCACGACUUGAACGAGUGCAGCUGGUCCCUGAACAUUCUGGCCGCCAACAAGCCGCAGAAUAAGUGGGAUGACCUGGACCGCUUCGUGAUGGUGGCGAAGACCGUCCCGGAUGACGCCAAACAGCUCACCACAACCAUCAACACCAACGCAGAGGCCCUCUUCCGGCCGGGCCCCGGCGGCUCGCACGCCAAGAGCGGCUCCGAGAACAUCACGAACUCCACGGAGUACCCGCACGCGGCGUCCCAGGUGCAGCUCCUGCUGCCUCCCGGGGACCCCAAGGCCCAAGCCCUCACCAAGCCAUUGCCCCCGAGCCUGGGCAAGGACCAGCCCCCCGACUGCAGCAGCAGCGACAGCUCCGAGAGGAGCUGGAUGGACGAUUACGACUACGUCCACCUGCAGGGGAAGGAGGAGUUUGAGAGGCAACAGAAAGAGCUGCUGGAAAAAGAAAAUAUCAUCAAACAGAACAAGAUGCAGCUGGAGCAUUAUCAGCUAAGUCAGUUCCAGUUGUUGGAACAAGAAAUCACCAAGCCCGUGGAGAACGACAUCUCCAAGUGGAAGCCUUCUCAGAGCCUCCCGACCACAAACAGCAGCGUGGGCGCUCAAGAUCGGCAGCUGCUCUGCUUCUACUACGACCAGUGCGAGACCCAUUACAUCUCCCUCCUCAACGCCAUCGACGCCCUCUUCAGCUGCGUCAGCUCGGCGCAGCCGCCGCGCAUCUUCGUGGCCCACAGCAAGUUUGUCAUCCUGAGCGCACACAAACUGGUGUUCAUUGGGGACACGCUGACAAGGCAGGUUGCUGCCCAGGACAUUCGCAACAAAGUGAUGAACUCCAGCAACCAGCUCUGUGAGCAGCUCAAGGCGAUUGUGAUGGCAACCAAGAUGGCGGCCCUCCAUUACCCGAGCACCACGGCCCUGCAGGAGAUGGUGCACCAAGUGACAGACCUGUCCCGGAACGCCCAGCUCUUCAAGCGUUCUUUGCUGGAGAUGGCCACCUUCUGAGAGGAGAAGGACGGAAAGGGGGACUGAGUGCACUUCUAACGAAAACUGGAAAUGCUAUCUGGUUUUUUGUAAAUGUUAUCUAUUUUUGUAGAUAAUUUUAUAUGAAAAUGAAAUAUUUUAACAUUUUAUGGGUUAGACAACAUUCAGAAAUUCAGGGAGCUAGAGGGGGAUUUUUUUUUUCCUGUGUGGUUCUUACGUAAACACAGAAGCAUCUAAGGCCUAAACUGUACAGAAACUGGUUCACGUGCGUGUGUAUGCCUGUGUAUUCAUGUUCGUUUGUAGAUGUUUGUCCAAUACAUUCCAUUAGACAACAUGAAUGAAGAAGCACCUUAGUAAGCACGUCCUAAUGCUGCAUUUUUUUCCUUAUUUUUUUUUUAAUUUUAGAAAACAUACCAGCUAGUUGUAAUACUGCUCUACAUAUACUAGCGAUUAUUCUGAGCCUGUCAUGUCCAAGUGUGGGAAGCACAGUAUACGUGAAAGUGUUUACCUUCCAAUAACGAGGCAUGGCAUGACUUGUUCUUGUUUGGACACCCCUUUCAAAAUUGACCAUCUUUGGCCCAUUGUGGCAAAAUGCCUCACUUCUGAUUGAAAAUGCCCUUUUAAAAAUGAAAGAAGAUUCAGGAAGUAUACGUUAACCCAAGCACCCGUAUUUUAGAAGUAUGUGGAGGCCAAAUCCUUGGUUAGGGCUGAGUUGUUUGAACACAGGACAUCACGUUAAAAGAAAGCAAAUGUUUUCCCUGGGACUUUUUGAUCAUCCACAUUUAUGAGUGACUUGGCCAUGAAGUUUUCCAAAGGGUGUUUUUAGAUUUGCAAAAACCAAAUUAUUUGCAGCAGGAAUUCAUAAAGACACAUCAGACUACAACUGUCCACAAAAUAAGGGAUGGUUCCACCUGCCAGUUUUAAGUAGAGGCCCUUCUGACUCUCAACUCUUAGGUGCUGCUGCCUCCAUUACCUGA